UCAGUAUAGAAACUAAACUCACGUAGAAAGCUUGUGAACGUGUGGUCGAGGUUUUCGGUUCCGCCGCGCGUGUGUUUUGUUCCACAACUGCUGGUGAUAAGUUUGAUAAACGUUUUAGGCCUCAAUCGGUCAUGUGGAGUUGAAAAUGUAGCAUGGUGUCACAGUCGGAACAAAGAAGAGAGCUUGGAUUCCAAAAAAAAAUGAAUUUUCCUAGUGGCUAGUGGAAGAAAGUGAUUACUAGCUGAAAGAAGAGAAAAAGUUAUGUAAUUUCAUGCAGUGCAGUGAUCUCAGCUAAAGUGUGUCAAGUGCCUCUAUGGUAGUUAUGUUUUUUGGGAGAGAACGAAUAAUGUGAAGCAUAAAAUCGUUCCUGCGACGAACGGUCAUAUUUCGCAAAAUCCAAGCAAAUCAAGUGUCGCAAUGAAUGUAAAUUGCCACAAAAUGUUAAUUCUAUCAGCGCCGCCAGGUGUGCACUAGUGAGUAGGUCACGCUGAAUUUUAACAGCACAAACAAAUAGGCAGCAGGCUCGAACAACUUUGAAUCACAAGUGCGUGUGUGUAAGUGUGUGUGUUUGUUGCGUCUUGUGGCGUCGCGCGGCGCCGCGAGGGAAAUUUGGCUUUUUUGCAUUGUGUUGCUGCGUGGACGUAAUGAAACUGAUUACUGCGACGUUUCUAACGGCGAAGGCGAUAAUAGUGACAGCUACGAUGCGACGGGUCUAGUCGAAAGAGACGGGACUAGCUGGAAAAGGUUCGCACAGCAAAGAUGCCACUGUGAUCUGAGCCGCUGUUGAGAACGGUAGUGAAGCGGACCCGAUCGCAAAAACAUCUAUAACACUAAAGUUAAGAACUCAACUUCAGCAGCCGAUAGUGAAAUAUGAUAAAAAUUCAACACCUGUGCCGAGCAUGCUUCCUGUAUAUACUACUGAUUAGCCUGACGGCGAUGACGUCGACAAUGGCCACAGCCUACCGGGUGGGAGUGGGACGUUCCGACUGUACCGGGCCGCCAGUGGAGAUUACCUUUAUGGGUUAUGCGCAAUUGUCCCAACGCGGGGCCGGUAUCCAUUUGCGUCAGUACUCGAGGGCGUUCAUUUUCGAGGAAUCCGGUAAACGAGCAGUCUUUGUAAGCGUGGACGCAGGUAUGAUGGGACACGCGGUGAAACGCGAUGUCCUGGCCGUGCUGCAGAAGAAGUAUGGAGAUAUGUACAAUGUGAACAAUGUGGCCAUCAGUGGGUCCCAUACCCAUAGCACCCCGGGUGGCUUUCUGAUGUAUCUGCUGUACGACAUGACUUCGCUUGGAUUCGUCUCGGAGACGUUUAAUGCUUUGGUACGGGGCAUAGCGCAGAGUAUCAUCAGAGCGCAUAAUAACAUGAUCGAUGCGAAGAUUUACGUUUCGGAGAUUGAUGUUCAGGACGCGAACAUCAACCGCAGUCCUAGCGCGUAUGAGAAUAAUCCGGAAGAAGAGAAGGCACAGUAUAAGGAUAAUGUCGAUAAGCGAAUGGUACAGAUGCGGAUGGUAAAUAAGAACAAUGUGGUGUUCGGGGCUAUCAACUGGUUUGCGGUUCAUCCUACUUCGAUGAACAAUACCAACCGGUUCGUGUCCAGCGAUAAUGUGGGCUAUGCUUCCGUUCUGUUGGAACAAGAACGAAAUAAGGGCAGCUUGGUGGGUAAGGGUGAAUUUGUAGGUGUGUUCGCAUCGAGCAAUCUCGGAGACGUUUCGCCUAACAUCAUGGGACCGAAGUGUGAGAAAACUGGACUGCCAUGCGAUGUUCUGACGUCAUCCUGUCCGUCUGGAGCUGGAGCCUGUUUCGCAUCCGGCCCUGGAAAGGACAUGUACGAGAGCACCAAGAUAAUAGCGACUCGGCUGUACAAUGCAGCAUCGAAACUGCUAGCUCAAUCCGGCGGACGCCAGGUGACCGGACCGGUGGGCUUUGUUCACCAGUUUAUCGACAUGACGCGGGCCGAGGCAAUGUAUUACAACCCUAAAACGCGAGUAUUCGAAUUGGUCCGUGGUUGCGUUCCGGCUAUGGGUUACAGCUUUGCCGCCGGUACCACCGAUGGACCGGGUGCUUUCGAUUUCCAGCAGGGUACCAUCACGGACAAUGCUCUGUGGAACGCGGUUCGGGAUUUUAUUGCCGAGCCUACGAACGAUGACAAGGAGUGUCAGGCUCCGAAACCGAUUCUGUUGGCAACGGGGCGGGCAACGUUCCCCUAUGACUGGCAGCCAAAGAUAGUACCGACGCAGAUCUUACUGAUAGGGGAUUUUGCUAUUGCGGCCGUGCCGGGAGAAUUUACCACAAUGUCCGGCAGACGGAUGAGAAACGAAAUUUCACGAGCUUCCGUAGCUGCCGGUGGAAACGAACUGCAGGUCGUCGUGGCUGGUUUGUCGAAUAUGUACUCGAGUUACAUAGCGACACCGGAGGAGUACGAAAUUCAACGAUACGAAGGGGCAUCAACUCUGUUCGGACCGCAUACCUUGACGAUUUAUCUUCAGCAGUACAAGAAAAUGAUUAAAUCUUUGGUGAAAAACGAGCCGUUAGAUGCUGGACCUACGCCACCCUAUCAGGAUGACAAGCAGAUAUCUCUGAUGACGGGGGUUAUAUUUGAUGGUCAUCCCAUUGGACGGGAAUUUGGAAGCGUGAAAGUUCAACCGCUCAACACUUACGAACGUGGGGACACGGUUUAUACGACUUUUAUUACCGGGAAUCCACGGAAUAAUUUAAUGCACGAUAAAACAUUCUUCACAGUCGAACAGAAACAAAUCGACGGCAAUUGGACAGUUAUUGCCACUGAUGCCAACUGGGAAACAAAAUUCAAAUGGGAACGACAGUCGACGAUCCUGGGCUUCAGUGACAUCGAGUUCAUGUGGGAAAUCGGACCGGAUGUAAAGUUGGGAACCUAUCGAAUUCGACAUUUCGGUUACUACCGAUACAUACUGGGAGGAGUGUAUCCGUACACCGGAUCGACAAAGACUUUCAUCGUAGAGUGAUGAACCGGCGAUCGUCACCGCGUAAAUGGAAACAUUUGAAUGUGAUAAAUUUGUAGAAGCAUGCCACGAUGGUGGAGAGAGAUUUGCUGAGUGAAGUGACGUUCAUUUGUGAAACGAUUAGGUUAAGGUAAAGCUACAAAUUGGAACCAAAAAGCCUAGUCAAUAAAUGAUAUCUGUAGAUUGGGUAAGCAUAGAUUAGCUAUGGUACAUUUUACAUAAAAAUA